AUGGGAGCUAGCCACUCCGUCGAGCUGAAUGCAGAUGUUCCAUGCCCGUCCCAACCAGGCACCAACUGCAUCGCGACUGAACCGCUCGAUGUCCUGCCAACACCAGUGACCGCAGAAGAGGCUUACGAAGAGACCAAAGCUUUGAUGAGGUACCCUUUGGACCCACUUACCGAGGGCAUGUUGAAGCACUUCGAAUGCAAAGACAUCGACGACAAGACAUUCGUUCUGAAGGUGAUCUUGGACGGCCAAAAGUUGGACAAGGUCGGAUUCGGCAAAGGAGAUGGCACGGACAGAAUGAGGAUGUGGAAGAAAGUGGUGUGCGAUGAUGCUGGCUUAAAACUGGUGGUCGAGGACUACGUCUCAGAAGCCACUAUGGGCUCGUGGGUGGAUGAAGCUUCAGACAAGGAAGUUUGCAACACCUGCACGUUGCUCGUUGAGAAGUCACCGCCGCGACUUCUAUUCAUUUUUGAUGACAAAGACGGCAAGCGAAUGUCAGACGCGCCAGUGAGGGAUGCACUAUACCAAUGGUCAGAUAUGAUCGUUGGCGGCGUCCAGGCCUUCAAGAACUCCAAAGUGAAAGUGACAGGAGAUGCAGACUCCAGCACGGACCCAGGCAAGAAAAGCAUGCUGACUGGUCCGAUGGAUGACCAUGUGACCUACGACAAGUUUUGGGCCCAGCACCUGAAGUAUUGCAAGGACUUCGUCAGAAAUUUACCUGGAGCUCAAUGCGAGGACAUCUCUGAGGACGAGUUCAAGGGGACCCUCGUUCUGGAUCCUGCCAAGCCUACGGAGGUGUCAACACACACCGUUCGCGCCGCGAAGUCCGAAAGCAAGGUCACGUGGACAAUCGAGCACGACGGCAAGGUGAUGACGGAGAUGCAUCGGAUUGUCCAUCAGUCACCCCUGGUUCUGGAGGGCUGGGACGUGGACUCCACGGGAGCCCGGAUCGCAGGGAAGUCCAAAGCCAAGGAGUUGCAGAAAGCCGUCAACGAAAUCAUCGUCAAGGCCAACAGCUGGUUCGGCUGA